AGCCGCGCCUGCGCUCUCGGGUCUCCUCCCCCAAUUUUUCUCGGGCAGCGAGCCCGACUCUUCACCUAACCGGAACGCCGGCUGCUCCUCAGCGGGGUGGUGGUCCGGGUCGCUGUCCACCCGUGCCAUGCGGCUCCUCUGUAGGUGGCAGCUGCUGCUGUGGGUGCUGGGGCUUCCUACCCGCGGCCUAGAGGUUGCAGAGGGCUGUGGUCACUCGUGGUCCGAGAAGCAGCCCGUUCCGCCUCCCCAGGAGGGCGCCAGGCACCUGGAUGAGGAGCCGACACCAUGGGAGCCCAGCAGCCGCAGCCGCCAGGAGAGGACAGCCGGAGAGGCUGGCGCCGCGCUGGGGCUGCGCGCCCCCGGGGACCCCGUGGUGGUGCUGUCUGUGAUUCCUGGGGAAGCCAAAGACAAACGGAGCUCGGAGCCAAGUGGCGGCACGUGUGCCGCUGCAGGGGAGGAGGACGCGGAGUGCAGUGUCCGCGAGAGCGUCCUCUCCCGGGCCGGUGCGGGGCCGACCUUCCCUGAUCGAGAGGAGGAUGAUGACCCCGAGCCAGAAGCAGAGGCAGAAGCGGAGGCGGAAGCCGCCUACCCGACCCCGGCCGAGGAUUCCAACAACACUGAGAGCCUGAAGUCCCCAAAGGUGAACUGUGAGGAGAGGAAUGUGACGGGAUUGGAAAACUUCACUCUGAAAAUUUUAAAUAUGUCCCAGGACCUUAUGGAUUUUCUAAACCCAAAUGGCAGUGACUGUACGUUGGUCCUGUUCUACACCCCCUGGUGCCGAUUUUCUGCCAGUUUGGCCCCUCAUUUUAAUUCACUGCCACGGGCAUUUCCAGCUCUUCAUUUUUUGGCUCUUGAUGCAUCUCAGCACAGCAGCCUUUCUACCAGGUUUGGUACUGUAGCUGUUCCUAACAUUUUGUUAUUUCAAGGAGCUAAGCCAAUGGCUAGAUUUAAUCAUACUGAUCGAACACUGGAGACGCUGAAAAUCUUCAUUUUUAAUCAGACAGGUAUAGAAGCCAAGAAAAAUGUGGUGGUAACUCAAGCUGAUCAAAUAGGCCCUCUUCCCAGCACUCUGAUAAAAAGUGUGGACUGGUUGCUUGUAUUUUCCUUAUUCUUUUUAAUUAGUUUUAUUAUGUAUGCUACCAUUCGAACUGAGAGCAUUCGGUGGCUAAUUCCAGGACAAGAACAGGAACAUGCAGAAUAGUGAUGGACUGAAAGAAGUUGGAAAGAGAAGCAAUUUCAAUGUUUUAUUUCAGAAAUUAGUGCUACAAUCUCAUACAUUUCCUCCUGUGAAGUACUGAUCUUCAGCUUCAGUGAAAUUAAGAGAAUCAUGCAUUUGCUGAACUGAAUAAGUUAAAAAAUGUUUAAACUGGUUUUUAACUAGACUAUAAUAAGCAAAUGCAAAAACAGUGAAAUUCACCAUUUUUACUACUUGAACAUAACCCAAUAUUUUAAGAGUAAUCGAAUUUGAAAUGUGAACACUUAUUCUGGUAGAAUUACUGAACAGAAUGACACUGGUUACUGUAUAGAAGGCAGCAACAGAACUUCGAGAUUAGAGUUUUAGAAGAUUCUUGGCUUCUUAUUUGUGUCUGUGAAGGCUGGCUUUCUGUUUGUUUGGGAUUUCUCUUCUGGAGUCACAAGCAGGAAAACGUUCUGUUAUGGGAUGAAUAACUGAAAUGUUAUGUGUGACUCCAUAAGUACCAACUAAUGGAAAAUAAAGCACGUACCUUGGUG